CCUGAGCUCAAAAUAGGCCCAACUGACCAGACUAAAAUCUCAUUAUCUAAGAAUGAUUUUGGGCAAAAACAGCAAAGGACAUGUUUUGUACAGGCCUCAGAUCUGUCCUAACCUGUUCAAAGAAGCAUAAUAGAUCACUUUUAAUCAAUGAAGUUGAUUCUCAAAGUUGUGUGAAUUCAGUGGAAAGAAUCUGGAGUCAUUUUCUGCUACCUGCUGAACUUGAUGCCUCCUCUCUGUGUUUUAACUACAGUAGUGAUGUGAUUGGUCAUGUGACUGGUUAGCCUCUGAAGUUGAUCAUGCUGUCAUUAAUCCUCUCAUUGUUUCUGUUCAUCUUCUUGUUUCCUCUUUCUUUAAACUGAACUGCUGUUCAUCAGUUUUGGCCACACCAACUGCAGGAGCACCAACAGCCCCAGCCCCACCCACGUCCCCUCAUGAAUUCCCGCCCCCCAUACAGAAACAUGCCGCUCCGCUAGUCAAUCAUCAACCUCCUCCAAUGAUACGAAUUCAGGGGCCACCAGCUCAUCCACCUCCAUCCACUCCUAUUCAUCCUCCACCCGUUCCUCCACCUGUACGCGCACCUGUGCCUACAUAUGCACCCGUUCCUCCACCUGUACGCGCACCUGUGCCUACAUAUGCACCCGUUCCUCCACCUGUACGCGCACCUGUUCCUACAUCUUCACCUGUUCCUCCACCUGUACGCACACCUGUGCCUACAUAUGCACCCGUUCCUCCACCUGUACGCGCACCUGUGCCUACAUAUGCACCCGUUCCUCCACCUGUAUGCGCACCUGUUCCUACAUCUGCACCCGUUCCCCCACCUGUACGCGCACCCGUGCCUACAUCUGCACCCGUUCCCCCACCUGCACCUGCUUCUGUGCCUGCACCCACCCCUGGUCCUCCACCCACACCUGUACCUCCCGCUCCACCCACACCUGGACCUCAACCUGCGCCUCAACCUGCACCCACAGUCACACCAACACCUAUAGCUGCCCCCGUUUCCAUCCCAACACCUGCACCUACUCCGGCCCCGCCUCCUGCUCCUGUUCAGCCCCCUCCUCCUGUCGUACAACCACAGCCACCUCCUGAAUCCACUUUACCCCCAACUCCAUCCCCAGCCCCUUCACCAGCACCCUCACCAGCCCCACCCCCUCAGACUCCAGACCCAGAGAGACGCUCAGCUACACCUGGCGGCACCAGAAAAGGCAAGUCCACUCAGGGUGGUCUGAUGAUGAGUUCAGCUGAUUCUUGAACUCGUAAACUGAAGCUUUGGGU